UUGCAGCAGUAAAAAUAGAAAUGAACCUUGUGUAAAUUGUUAUGUGAACAUUUAGCUUUGUGCUAAGCUAAAAUGCUGUUUCUAGCCAUUUUACGUUCGCCUGUUAGCAGGCACGAUCAUAUCAAGAAAAUCCACAUUAAAUCAUAAUUUUUCUUUCUCUAGUAAGACCUUUGAUAUAAGGGCAAAAUCUGAUGAGAAUUUUCUGUAUUGUUUUUCUGUAAAAAUAUCUUAAAAUCCUUAAAACAAGAUCAGCUUUCUUGGUUUAGAAGCUACACUGCAAAAAAUAUGUAGGCCUAUUUCAGAGAAUGUAUUUUUAAUUUAAGUGUAUUUUGUCUUACUGUACUGGCAGAUUUUCUUUCACUUGUUAUUAACUUGUUGUGAUGAGGAGUGGGGCGUGGCUGGGCCGUGAUGGUGCAUGCCUGGCGCUGAGUGACUAAUCAGUGGGAGAGAGAUGGGGGGGGGCGGAGACGCCAGUUUGAGAGAGAGAGAGACGCACGAAGCUCUGGUUCCUGCCUCCUCUUUGCCCAUCUUAAGAACCAUGUUACAUUGGUGCCGAAGCCCGGGAGGGAGGAGGGAUGCGCUGUCAGAGAGCUCUCGCCACUGUUGGACGUCGCGACGCAGAGGAGAUAUGGUGCGGUGGAACUGGAGCGGUUCGCCGGGAGACAGAGGAGCCGUUGACGGCCACCAGGAGGCAGAGGAUCUGCUGAUGUCUGCCGGGAGCCAGAGGAGCCUGCUGCCGUCCGCCAGGAGGCAAAGUUCAGUGUCAUUGCCCGGUGUCGCGGAGGACCGCUACCCUGCUGGCCGAGGACCAGGCGACAGCGUGUCCGGGGACCGGCGAGCCACUUUCUCUCUCUCUCUCUCUUGUUCUGUCUCUCCCACUCACUUUUUCUCUCUUCCCUCUCCCUCCCCUCGUCUCUCUCAGUUUCCCAAGAGGCGGGGAAGGACGGCCGAAAGGGCAGCACCUCCCCUCCAGGAAAGGAGGUGGGGAGUAAGUCAGGCCGGAGGUCUCCCUGGCCUGAAUCUGGUGGUGGAGGAGUGUGACGAGGAGUGGGGCGUGGCCGGGCCGUGAUGACGCACGCCUGGCGCUAAGUUGACUAAUCAGCGGGAGAGAGAUAAGGGGGGGCCGGAGACGCCAGUUCGAGAGAGAGAGGGAGAGAGACGCAUGAAGCUGUGUGUGUGCGUCUUUGUUUGUUUUGCAGUUUAUGUUAUGUUUGAGUUCAGUUUGUUAUUAAAGUUUUAUGUUGACUGUUCAGCUGGUUCCCGCCUCCUCCUUGCCCAUCUUAAGAACCUUGUUACACUUGUUUAUAGUCAAAACAAAAAUCUGCCAGUGCUGAAGAAGUAAUCAAAUGUAUUCAGAUUACAUUACUGACCAUAACUAAUCUAACGGAAUAUGUUACAAAUGACAUUUUACAGGAUGUAAUCUGUAGUGGAACACAAGUAACCCUCCCAACCCUGAUUAUUUAAUCGUGUAUGUCCUAACUGUAGUCUAGUGAAUAUUAUAUCCCCUCUUCUGUUUCUACAUCUGAAGAGUUUAGCUUUGAUUUUUGAAUUUUGUAAUAUUCUCGACCUUUU